CAUGACCAGUGAGGACUGCCGGUUUGGACGUCCAUAUGGCGAAUGAACCAUACUGUAGACUUUCUUGAAACACUGUGUCUUCAUUUCCGGAUUAUUUAAUCUAAAAUAAUCUCAAACUGCUGGCUACUUCUGUAGUCUGCAUUACCGGUGGACGAUUCUCCAGAUACCAGGUUAUUCUGUUACAGUCUGCCUCUUCAUGCUCACCUGCUAUUACUGGACAGUCUUUCGUCAAAAAUAAGGCUACUGCGAGGAAGGUAUUCUCCGAAGAGAGGUGGAUCAGAUCCCCCACAGCACCGGCACAGCCUUCAGUUUUGCCUCGUACAAAAAAAGAGAAUACUCCGGGAAUAUACUGCUGACUCAAGGCCAGCGGUGUGCGGCAACCAAAAAUCAAGACUUCAUUAGUUUUCGAGCAAAGCGACAAAAAACAUCGUCAUCAUGCCUAGUAUGCGACAGUCGUACACUGUCACCGUCCCGGAGGAGCCUCCUCCGACGGCCGCUUUCCCUUUCCACAAACAGGAUCUGCGUAGAAAGAGUCCGCAGAUCUCCAGGUCGAUGCUGGUGUCUACAUUCGUCGGACUCCUCAUUAACCAAGCCAAGAACUCCAAGAAUGCUCAGGGUCUGGUUGGCUUGAGGAAUCUUGGCAACACGUGCUUCAUGAACUCCAUCCUGCAGUGUCUGAGCAACACCCACGACCUGCGGGACUACUGCCUCCGAAACUGCCACCUCACAGACCUCAACAAAAGCUGCCGGGCCAAGGCUGCUCUCAUGGACGAGUUCGCCAAACUGACUCAGACCCUCUGGACGUCGGCCGGCAAUGAGGCGAUUAGCCCGUCCGACUUCAAAACGCAGAUCCAGAAGUACGCUCCUCGCUUCGUAGGAUACAAUCAACAGGAUGCUCAGGAGUUUUUGCGCUUCCUGCUCGACGGCCUUCACAACGAGGUGAACCGAGUAGUGGGCCGGCCGCGGAUCCCGGUCGAGGACUUUGACCACCUCUCAGAUGAGGAGAAAGGGGAGCGCAUGUGGAACAAGUAUCUGGAGAGGGAGGACAGCAAAGUAGUCGAUCUGUUUGUCGGACAGCUGAAGAGCUCAUUGACUUGCAAUGAAUGUGGCUUCUGCUCCACGGUGUUCGAUCCAUUCUGGGAUCUUUCGCUCCCUAUCCCCAAGAAAAGCUCUGGUGAGGUGACUUUGACGGAUUGCAUCAAACUUUUCACCAAAGAGGAUGUGCUUGAUGGAGAUGAGAAACCGAUCUGCCAGAGAUGUAAAGCCAGAAGAAAAUGCACAAAGAAAUUCACCAUCCAGAAAUUCCCCAAAAUCCUCGUGCUUCACUUGAAACGCUUCUCUGAGCCUGGACGUGUGAAGACUAGCAAGCUUUCCACAUUUGUCAACUUCCCUCUCAAAGAGCUGGACCUCAGGGAUUUCGCAUCCGAGAACAGCGCAACAGCUAUCUACAAUCUGUACGCAGUAUCUAACCACAUAGGCACAACGCUGGGUGGGCAUUACACGGCCUACUGCCGCAACCCAGCCCUUGGGGAAUGGUACUCAUAUAAUGACUCAAGGGUGAACCCCAUGUCUUCCAGUCAGGUGCGCAGCAGUGACGCCUACGUGCUCUUCUACGAACUCGCCACCUCGUCGCGCAUGUGAUCAGACCCACAGGCUGGGCCCUUGCAGCUCGGAACUGAAUGACGGACUCCCUCCAAAGCGAGCGGCUAGCGCUGGAGCCAUCGUCUCCACACCUAGCACAGCCUCCUAGGGCCAAAGCUAUAGACUGAACCUAUGGACUCAAGCUACAGUUUGGCAUUAUGGCGGGGAAACACAGGACUCUGAGAACUUCACGAGAGAGAGAGGGAGGCUCAUGCUCUAGGACUCCUAAACACAGCCAAGCAAACAGUGUCUUAGGGGCAUAAAUACUGUACUGUGGCCUGGGACUUUGUUGAAGCCGAUGCCCAGAGUUGGAACUACUUGACGGGGCCGCGUCUCUCCCCUCUCUUACACUCCUAGUGACUCUGGUAGAAGAGGGUGUCAGGGACAAACCCAUUUGUUUCACCCGGGACAUUGGGGCAACUGGUCUCGGCCGCAGCUCUAAUGAAUGAGCAGGACAACAAAUGUGUAUGUGUGUGUGUGUGUGUGUGUGUGUGUGUGUGUGUGUGUGGGCCUGUAUGAGUGUUUAUGGACAAUGUUGUUAACUAUGUGUGUGUGUGUGUAUCGGGGGUGGGCUGUAUGAGUGUUUAUGGACAAUGUUGUUAACUAUGUGUGUGUGUGUGUGUAUCGGGGGUGGGCUGUAUGAGUGUUUAUGGACAAUGUUGUUAUCUAUCUCUUUGCACUGUGCAAGUGGAGAGCUAAAGAACAGCUUGGCCACAUUGAUGUCCAGUCCAGCGAUGACUGUGGCUAUGCGAACAACUCAGCUCUUCCUCCUCUAAUUUAUCGAAUUAUUUAAUGCUGCUUGUUGUAGCACUUUCUUUAAACCCUCGCUGUGGCACAAUAGAUUGUCUUGUAUCGCCCCCUGGUGGUAAGCCACGGUGCAGGUUGGUCAGAUAGCUAACAAAAAAAAAAAUUGCACUAGUUCAGAGAUAACCAUAAGAUGUCUUUACUAAGCCAGCAAACCUAUGUACUACUCGGUGUGGUUGUGGUUCAUGGUUUGAACAAACAUCUGCAGGUCGUAUAGUCCUUGAAGACCACAAUAACAAAAGCUCUGUACCUUGGGUUCCCAUAGGAACCCACACUAGUUUCUAAUUGCCUGGUGAGUGCCUCAGCAACCACGUUUGGUUCCUUUUCUCAUUAUGAAGUAACCGUGGAGACAGGAAUAGUUUUGUGGUAUCAUAAGUGAAGUAUUUUGUAGGAUGAAAUGAAAUGUUUCAUGGCUGUGUGAUGUCAUUCAUGAUGGUGUCGGAAAGUGCAACUGAAUCUUCUCGACUUUUUUUUAGAAGUCACUGGUGUAUGUAAAUAAAAUAAAAUGUAUCUGUUCCAACCAUUUA